AUGGUUGAUGUGACAAAUCUAACAUUAAGGGAAUGGAUUCCCGAGAUUGAACAUGCGAUCAAGAAGAGCCGUUUCGUGUCAAUAGACUAUGAAUUUCUUGGAAUUCCGUCAAGUGAAACGUUCUCCCUCUUUGAUUCACUGGAGCAACGCUACGCGAAGUAUGCGGAGGCCGUUCGGAAAUUCCCACCAUGUCAACUCGGAAUCGCAUGUUUUUCGGAUGCGGAAGCUGGCACAUCGUAUCAAGUGGAGGUCUUCUCGUUUCCGGUGUUCAAACGAAUGACCCGGAAGGUAUUCAGCUUUGAAAUCCCUGCAAUGAAGUUUCUGUCAAAGCACAAAUUUGAUUUCAACAAGUUGAUUGCUGAUGGCAUCUCGUAUUCCAACAAGGCAGAGAUACUUCGAAUUCAGAAGGAAAUCGAGCAAGAAGAAAUCGAUUACGAUAUUUUUGCGGACGGACUCGAACACAAGCUCAACAUGUUAAAGUUGAGAGUUCUGAAAGAAUCGAGGGAUUAUUCAGAGCAAUUUUUCGAUGAAGCAUCCCAAUUCAGGAGACGUCCAACAAUUUCGGAAAGCUUUGGGAGACCUUUGAGGUUGCUGCGGCCGGUGUUGAUCGAGCUCGUUGCCAACAAAGCGUUGUCAGAUUUUUCUGGAGGUGAUUUAAGUCAUGACAAUCAGCCAUUAUGGGAUCGAGAGCUGAGUCCAGUUGAAGCUGCCAUUGUCGUUUACGAACUCACGAUUCAACACCCUAACUGUGAAUUUCUGUUUGAUCAAACGAGAACAAUCCUUUAUUGUGCAGAAUUGCCAUUGAUGUGCUGUGCAACGAAGGAUAAUGGUCACCGAGUGGGUGUUCUCCUGAAGAAUGUCAUUUUCGAGAUCUCUGGACUUUCACAAAUCAUUCAGAUGAUCUCAGAAAGAAAAAUACAGUUGGUCACGCACAACUCCUUCCUUGAUCUUCUUUACACGUAUCAUUGCUUCGAAAAUGAGCUUCCAAAUACAUAUGCUGAGUGGAAGGAGGGCAUACAUCGUAUGUUUCCAUCAAUUAUUGACACAAAGGUCUUGGCGGGAACAGUUCAAGAUCAAUUGAAGAAGCAUGGAGUUACGGAUCUUUCACUGCAAACACUUGGAAACUACUUCGAUUCUCCAUCUUGUGGUGAAAUUUUUCCUUUCAAUAUUCCACCAAUCACCGGUGGACCACAUUCUCAAGCAAUUUUCACGGAGGGUGAACACUAUCACAAUGCGGCAUUCGAUGCUUUGAUCACCGGAGAAAUCUUCAUUAAACUUGCGUAUCUGUAUGCGUAUACAAGGAGUGCCGGUCAGGCAACCUUUUCAAAAAGUUGGCCUCUUGGAAAGUUGGUGUUCGCCUGUCGUUCAGAGAUUGCGAAUCGGAUUCCAAUCUCAAUGGUGAAUUCAUUGUAUUCCAACUUGACCGAUCAGGAUCAAAAGGAGAUUAAACCAGAUUUUUUGAUUAUUACUCCAAAGAAAAAAGUGCUUGACCAUUUUCAGCACGGAUUGAGAGAUGGUUUUAGGAGGCUUUAUUCGUUCAUCAUUGGCCCAACUAAAAUCAAAAGCGAGGAAUUCAACACUUUUCGAAAGGAGAUUCGUCGGCGUUUUGGCUCCCAUCGAGUUGACGUUCGACUGACCAACAAUAAAGCCCAGUUUGAAAUUGCAACCAACACACUGCACACUUAUACAAAAGUUUCUACCUGGGUCAUUACUCUCGACACAUUCGAACUUCCUUCGAUCAAUGAUAUGAAUCAAAGUUAUCAACCACGGGUUUCGCAAGCCUUCUAUGACGAAUUGGUGCGACGGCAUGAAAUCCGAACAUCGAAUCGUUCUAAAAUACGCGAAUCUGUUUAUUUUGAUGAAGCAAAGCUAAGAUCGUUGGACUCCGCGUUGAAGAAAACGACCACGUUCAUGAAAAAGCUCAAAAACAUCGGAGCAGGCGGCGGGCCCGGUUUGAUAGAAGAAUUGGAAAAGCUUAAUCUAAGCAAAUUUACUGAAGAAAUGGCACAGGCGAUUUCGGAAGUUCGUUGCAAAUUGGCCGAUAUCCCGUUUAUUGUUGACCUGGCAGUUGCUGUCGCUUGCAAAUACUCUACCUUUUCCGAUCUUCUUCUGAGUGAGCUACGCAAAGGAAUCCCCCAAAAGAAAUCCGACAAAGUGAUCAACCCUGGAAAAUUGAGGGUUGAUAUGAGGUUGCUAUUUGAACUUAUCCUUAAUGGAGUUUUUGCCAAAGAAGGUCUGCAAGUCUUUGGGAAUGCGCUGGCCUAUCUAGUUCAAACCGAUAAGACGGAACAUAUUAAUAUGGGGCUGUUGGCAGGGUUGUCGAAUCAAAUUGGAUGGGAGAUGGCACGUGUUGUUUCUAAUAACAGCAAAGGACCUAUCUCUACAGAUCAACUUCCGCUUUCCGAUUCCAUCAGUAAUGAGCAAGCGUUAGCCAUAAAGAAAUUGCUUCUCGAUUAUCAUCAAAGCAUGAAAGAAAGGGCAGAAAAGACUUGCAAUGAAAUGAAUGCUGCACAAAAGAUAGUCUUACGACAAGAAAAACAUAGAGGUGAUGCGACACAAGAAGAUAAAAACACACUCGACACAUGCAGACAAUCAUAUGACACUAUCAAGAAACAAUUGAUGGAAAUGAGCGAUUCUUUGGGAAUAACAAUGCCGACAUUUGUGGAAGUGCCGAGCGAUGAUGAGGAUGAUGUGGAAGCUGUUCAAUUGCUCACUAAAGCUCUCGAGGAAGGAAGUGUAACUCUGUGGGAAGACGAAGAGGAAAGAUACUUUUACGAAAAACUUAUCGACAUCCGGCGUUUGGUUCCAACAAGCUUAUUCAAAGAAUCACAAGAAAUGACUUAUGUUGACGAUCAAAUGGAAAAGCAGAUUGAAGACAUUGAUAUGGAAGACUUGGAGUGUGAGCACGGAGAAGAAAUAAUUGACGAACAACAAGAGGAACGAACAACAACAACACCCGAGAUGGAACUUUUUGCUGAACUCAAUGAUAUUGAGGUGGAAAGCUCCGCAACUGCAAUCGCAAUGAGAAAUCAGAUGCAGCAAUACCUUGAUGAGCUGGCAACAUGUGUGAAUCGCGAUGUUGUUGAUACAAUUGCACUACGUUUUGUGCAAGAACUGAAUACAAAGAUCAACCGCCGCCGUUUGGUGCGUUUUCUUUUUGGCUCGACUUCGAUACGCCUUGACGUUGUUCCAUUUUGUGCUCGAUUGUUAGCAAUACUUGGUCCAGUUAUGCCAGACGUUCCUGCGGAACUUGCAAGACUUUUGAUUGAUCGGUUCAGGGAGAUCACACGCGGAAAGGCUAGAGACUUGUUCUUGGAUGCUAAACUUCGAAUCGUCAGUUUUAUUGCGGAACUUGUAAAAUUUGCCCUAAUUGGACGCGCAGAAGCACUAAGUUGUUUGCGACAACUUGUGUACGAUUUCCGAGGUCAUUCUGUUGAUCUGACCUGUUCGAUGCUUGAAUCAUGCGGCAAAUAUUUAUACAGAAACACAGACAGUCAUCCAAAAAUGAAGCAACUGAUUGAUGUGAUUUUGCGGAAAAAGGAACUCAACAAGGAUAUGAGACAAAAGAUGCUGAUCGAAAAUGCUUAUUAUACCGUUUGCCCUAGCGAGACCGAGGCGCCAAUUACUCCACCACGUCCCCCAAUUUAUGAUUUUGUUAGCCAACUGAUACGCAACAUGAACGACUCGACUCUUGAUGUGAAUUUAAAGCUGUUGAGAAGAAUUGACUGGAGUGAUAGCGAAUUAUGCGAUUGGGCAAUUUGGGGUUUCUCUUCACCUUGGCUCAUUCCCUUUGGAAAUUUGUGUCACAUUUCAUCGUCGCUCUAUGGACUUUCAUCAGUGCGGUAUCAUGAAUGGACAUCAGUGGAAGUAGUCGACAACGUUUUGGAAAUAAUCAGAAUGGCCCUUGAAGCGAACAAUGAUGAAUUGAACCAAAAAGCUAUCGCCUGCAUGGCCUACAUCGGAGAGCUCUAUAAUUACAAUGUUGUAAAUACUUCACUUAUAUUCAAGGUUCUUUAUCAAAUUGUUUCAUUCCCCGAACAUCCUACACAGUGGGCAGACUUCACUAGAAUCAGAAUGGUCUCUCAACUGCUUCGAACUAUUGGCGAAUUCUUCACAAAGGGCUCGGGAAAGAUCAAAAUGGACAAUUUUAUAACCUACUGGCUAAGAUAUUAUUGGAUAAAGCGAGAGCAAUGGGUUAUGAAUACAGGCACAGAUCAAGCCACGGACGAUAUCGUGAGAUUUCCACCUGAAAUCGAGGGAGAAAUUAUCGAAACAUUGAAGGAUAUGGCCACAUCAAUCAACAUCCCGAAAACAUUGGAUGAUGCGGAAAAGAAAGUGCAGGAACUAGAAGCUACAUUUAAAGAGAAAAUCGAAAAAAUGUUAACUGGGGAGUUUGAAGACGUCUUGGAGGACGACGGACCACAUCCACAGCAACGAGAACUCCAUCAAAUCAUGGAAGAAGACGAGGAAGAAAGAAAAAAUGAGCCUCGUUUUCAUGAUGAAAUGGAAGAUGGUUUGGAUGUAGAAGAGAUGGAGGAUAAGCAAGAAAUUGUUAAUCUUCAUGCCACUCCUCAAAAACAGCAACCCGAAGAUUUGGAUUUUUGUCGUGAUUUGGAUCAACUGCUUACUGAGAGUUUGAAAAUGGGUAGUACUGGCACAGCUAACCAAGAUGGCCUUAUUGUGCCUGCUCAAGCUAGACAAAAACUAGUACGACGUGUUGGAUUUAGUGAUGGGCAAAAUAUUCCCAGAAAGGAGGACAAUGAUAAAAUGCGUGUUGCUUUGAUGACUAAAGGCAAAAGCAACAAGACGGUACUCAAGAAUAUCGACCUGCACGAGGAAACUUUGGAACAACGAUGGAAAGCGAAUACGGACAAGGAGAAAGAAGAACGUGAGCAAAUGAAGAAACUAACCUUGCAUCACACGAAACGAAUGGCAAGCGAAGAAGCAAAUGAGGAUAAAGCUUUCGAUGAAUUUGCAUGGAGGCGUUCUAAAAAUUUGGUGCACCCUGGCCUAGUAAAGGAGAUAAUUCGAUUGAUGGAGGCCAAACGCACUCAACAACCAUUCUUUUACGAUCUUUUCUGGUUUAUGAUCAAGUUUUUUAUGAAA